AUGGCAGAUGUUAUGUCCCUCUUCUCCCUAAGCGGGAAAACUGCUCUCGUUACCGGUGGAACUCGAGGUAUUGGCCAAGCUAUGGCCUUUGCCCUGGCUGAGGCCGGCGCCGAUAUCAUCUUGAUUCAGAGAGAUACCACCAACACAUUAACGAAGGACGAGAUCAUUAAUCGCCUUGGGCGAAAGGCAUGGAUCCAUGUCGCCGAGCUUGGAGAUCGCCAAGCUGUCAAGGACAUCCUCCCUGCAUUGACCAGCCAAGGACUGAAACCCGAGAUUCUAGUGAACUGCGCGGGGAUCCAACGGAGACACCCGGCGGAGAAAUUCCCAGAUGAGGACUGGGAUGAGGUUUUGGAAAUCAACCUAUCGUCCGUCUUCAUCAUGUGCCGAGAAUUCGCCGCCUAUCUCCUGGCUCGCGAUGCGUCUGAAUUCCCACAGGGUCGCCGUGGCUCUAUCAUUAAUGUCGCAUCGCUGCUCACCUUCCAGGGUGGAAUUACAGUCCCCGCUUAUGCGGCAUCCAAGGGUGGUAUUGGGCAAUUGACCAAAGCGCUCUCAAAUGACUGGCUCGCCAAAGGCAUCAAUGUCAAUGCGAUUGCCCCCGGUUAUAUUGCUACCGAUAUGAACACCGCCCUCAUCGCCGAUGCGACCCGCAACGCCAGUAUCAUGGCACGCAUCCCUGCUGGCCGAUGGGGAAAGCCCGAGGAUUUCAAGGGUGCUGUGGUAUAUCUGGCCAGUCAGGCUAGCAGUUAUGUGUCUGGUGAGAUCCUGACAGUUGAUGGUGGAUGGAUGGGACGGUAA